GGGGCAGCCGGUAGACAGGGAGGAGCCAGAGGCGAGAUGAGGGGAGGGGAAAGGAAAGGAGGGAAGGGAAGGAGAAGGGAUGGAAAAACCUCGGGCUCCGGCUUCCCUCCUUCGGGGGCGGGGCUUCCGGCGGCUGGAACGGGGGGCGGGGCCUGCGAGCGAUGCCGGGCCUGGGCUCCGGGACCGAAGGAGUCUGCGCAUAGCCACCGCCGCCGGGGUCUGAGGAGCGGACGCGAUGGCCGGUCCCGCGUGGAUCCCCAAGGUAUCUCGGCUGCUGGGGGCCUUCAGCAACCCAAAACAGGUGACCCGAGGUUUUGCUGGUGGUGUACAAACAGUGACCUUAAUCCCAGGAGAUGGUAUUGGACCGGAAAUCUCAGCUUCUGUUAUGAAGAUUUUUGAUGCUGCCAAAGCACCCAUUCAGUGGGAAGAGAGGAAUGUGUCUGCAAUUAAAGGACCUGGAGGAAAGUGGAUGAUUCCUCCUGAAGCCAAAGAAUCGAUGGACAAAAACAAGAUGGGACUGAAAGGCCCCUUAAAGACACCGAUAGCAGCUGGACAUCCUUCUAUGAAUCUACUGCUUCGUAAAACGUUUGACCUUUAUGCAAACGUGCGUCCGUGUGUCUCCAUUGAAGGCUACAAAACCCCUUACACGGAUGUAAAUAUUGUCACGAUCCGGGAGAACACCGAAGGUGAAUACAGCGGCAUUGAGCACGUGAUCGUCGAUGGUGUCGUACAGAGUAUCAAGCUCAUCACUGAAGAAGCGAGCAAACGUAUUGCCGAAUUUGCCUUCGAGUAUGCCAGGAACAAUCACCGUAGCAACGUGACUGCUGUGCACAAAGCAAAUAUCAUGCGAAUGUCAGAUGGGCUUUUUCUCCAAAAGUGCAGGGAAGUUGCAGAAAACUGUAAAGAUAUUAAAUUUAAUGAGAUGUACCUUGAUACAGUAUGUUUGAAUAUGGUACAAGAUCCGUCUCAGUUUGAUGUUCUUGUGAUGCCAAACUUGUAUGGGGACAUCCUUAGUGAUUUAUGUGCUGGCCUGAUAGGGGGUCUUGGUGUCACACCGAGUGGAAACAUUGGCGCUAAUGGAAUUGCAAUCUUUGAAUCGGUUCACGGAACAGCCCCAGACAUUGCUGGGAAGGACAUGGCCAAUCCCACUGCCCUGCUUCUGAGUGCUGUAAUGAUGCUUCGGCACAUGGGGAUGCAUGACUACGCAGCGAAGAUCGAGACGGCCUGCUUUGCGACAAUUAAAGAUGGAAAGAGCUUGACAAAAGAUUUGGGAGGAAACGCCAAGUGCUCAGACUUCACGGAUGAGAUCUGCCGCCGAGUAAAAGACUUAGAUUAAAGAAGGCUUCUCCCGAUAGGCACUUUGUGGCAGUCACUCCUAAUGGACACAAUAGAGGAAAACCUAUUGUAGACCAUCUACCAUCCAUGUACAUUGGGCUUGCAUAUUUCUUGACAGAGCAAACAUUCUAAAUCAGACCUUUUCUUAAUACAUUCUGUGCCCAGGGAUGCAAGUGACCCUCUGCUGCCUGCUUCCAAUGGACUUUUUUCGAUGCAUUGUUUUAUUUAUUAAAUGUCUCUCUCUGGUGAAAAUGUUUUAUAUAUUGUAAGGAUGGAUUCCUGUCCCGUCAUUUCCCAUUGUUAACCAUUUUACACUUCAUUUAGAACAGCUUUUUUCCUCAACUGAAAGACCUGCUGUAAAUAUCAAGAUGCUGAAUUAACAGGAGAAACAGCUAACUUUUUAAAGAAAAGCCCUAUUUUCCUUGGAGCAUGUAAAGUAUAAUGGGAAAAAAACCAGGAUACUAACAUAGCACAAUUUGACAUUCUUAUAAAAAUAAAUGGGUAUAAGAGGAAUUUACUUGGAGAGUCACAUCAAAGAGGGUACAGAAGGUAUGUUUAAAGUUGUGUAGUGAGCUAAGAAAUAAAGAGAUUUGCUCUCCAAAAGAUUUAUUGUAUGCAUGAAUAAAGAUUGCAAACCCGAGAUAUAUUUAAUCAGAGAUGUAUUUUUUGUCUACAAUAACUAGAUAAUCUAUGGACGACAGAUAGCAUUCUAAUCCAACACAUUGUGCAUGGAGGUAUUUUUGUUAAGAUCGUUUAAUAUUUCUUUGCUUAUAGUAGUGCUUUCAGUGAAGAAAAAGGGAUGACAGUUCGCGGAAUCAAAGGUUUAUUGUACAUUUUGAGUGAGUAAAGCUUUCUGCAUAGCUGUACUAAAGCCUUGGCAGUCCUUGCUGCAGAGCUGUCACUGUAUUGGAUGUGUUGUGUGACCUGUGUCUGUGACUGCCAUCCCGUUAGUGAGGCAGCUGUCCCAGCUGGAGGAGGCACUGCUCCUGCUCUGGUGCCAUCCACGAGGGAAUAGGCAGCUUGCAGGCCACAUUUAGGAGCCCAGGAAGUUCACUCCUAGAUUUGAGCAUCUGUUCAUACUCCUACAAGGAACACCAAGUUGUUUCCUUCCCUGAACAAAUAACAAAAAACCUCGCCUGCCUGCAGCAUAAGCUGGAGUGGUCACACACCAACUAGCAAAGGCUUCCCUCGUGUCCCUUGUCCCAUUUCCUGUUAAGCUUCCUGAGGCUCAGGGGCUUCAAUUGGUUGGGGAGUGGGGAGGAGCGAUUUUCAGUCAUCCAACAUUCAGUUCCUUUGUUAGGUGAAUCCUCCUUGCUGCAUUUUGCCUGGGCCUGUAGCUGACCAGUUCCUCUCACAGCUCCAUGAACCUGUGGGAGCAAGAUGGCAGCUAUUUCUUGUCAUUCCCUCCGUCAAAGUGAUUGUGUCUGCAUCUCUCCUGAGUCCUGCCACGAGGGGAAGGGACUCCCUUAAGCUCCUGACUAGGGCUUCAGCUUGCUCAAGAUGGACUUGUUUUAUUUAUCAUGCUGCUGCUGUGUUUUUGUUGGAUUGUGCUAGCUAUGAGAGUGCCUGUUGGCUUCAAACAUAGCAAAGUAAUAAAAGAUUUUAAAAACCGGUUAAAGACAUGUAGAAUUUGUCUGCAUGUGUUCCCUGUGAAGAUGAAUUGUUUUUCUAGCACUUAAGUCCUUUGGGCCUAGCUUGUUCCUAAUAUCUGCGUAACUAGUGUUUGAGAGUCAGCAUUAGAGAGGUGACUCAACCAGUUAACUGGACCAUACUUUUUAUAUGUCCUAUUUAUAUUUUCUGCACUAGCUACCUGUGUUGAAUCGAACAGUGGGUAGCAAGGUCAUUACUGUUUUUCUCCCUGUUCUUUGGAAGUUAUGUACGUUAUGUAAAAUUUUUCAGAUAUCCAAGCAAAAUGUAAUUUCAGUAGUUUUGAAAAUGCAUAGCAUUCUGUCUGGCAGAUAAUCCUUUUAGAAAUACAGAGGAGCCCAUGUGAAGGAUGGGAAGGCUAGAUUAGCUGUUAUUUGCCAACUGUGAAUGCAUUCAGAUACUUAGUCCCCUUGAAAGCUUUGUUUAGUGUUCAAAUUGUACAUUUAUUUAAUUAUGACCAUUAGGAGAUGUCCUCAGCUUCAUUAAGUGCUAGGUCGUAGGCAAGAGCCAUAACCAUGGUAACACCAGUCUUUGAUUCAGAUCAAGUGCAGGCAGAAAGCCAUUAAGCCAAUCUACUCUCCUUGACGUUCCAUGUGUUAGUCCUAAGUCACUUCCACAACAGGACAGACAAUUUGCCUUUCCUCUACCUGCUAUCUUGAUUUGCAGCUUUUCAAAUCUAACAGGAAUCAGAGCCAGGAAGAUUAUCAGGAAGAUGGAGGGGUUAUGCUGGGUGCAUUUGUUAUGUAUAACAGAUAUAAUCAUACAGAAUUCAAACUAAGUAUCUACAAGUGAAAGCUUGCCCCCUUAUGGUGUUCAGCUGCAGAGGUACAUAUGUUCUGACAGCUGUGGCUAGCCUGGAUCUCCAUCAUUCCUGGAGUUCUAACAGAUUGGUUGGAAAUUCUUUUUGUGCCCGUUUUAAGAUGAUGUGAUUCUCAGGGGAGAAGAACCCAAAGCAUCUGUUCAGUAGAGACUAGAAAAGAGCUCCUGAUUAAUUGUUUGGUUCUUUGUAAAAUGAUUCAAUCUCUUCUUUGUACUUUUCAAGAACUGCUAAGCGCUUCAGUUUCAUUGUAGGACCUGAAAGACAAAUCAAAACAAGCACUUUAGCCCCAAAUGCCAAAGAAAAGGUGACUUUUAACCACAGCAGCAGAGUGACGUGAUAGGCAGUAACCAGAGGACCCCGAGCUGUCCAACAAGGACAGGAUGGGACAGAGGCAUGUGAUGGAAGUUAGGAGCAGAGCAAGGAUGCUUUUCCAACUGGAACCAAAUGGCUUUUACAUGAUGUAGAGACAAAACAAAAUAAAUAUGCAUCUGGCAUUGUGAUGUCA